AUGGACCCAACUAUUCUCGAGCCUCUCGGAACGUCGCGCGUCGCCGCCAAUCGCGGAUAUGUGGUUUCUUCCUUGCGUUUUUUUCCCCUUUUUGCUUCUCAGCUCCCUAUUGAUUUAAGCAGUGAUGAUGACGACCAGGACGACGAUCAUGACGCUCGUUUUCACUCUAAAACGUUGCAGCAGAAUCAAGAGCAGAAGCCAAAGAAGCAGUGA